CAGUCCGUAGAUAAGUGUCGAAAACAAUGAUGGGGUCUAAAGCAAAAGCUGCUUUGAAUCGUCUAAAGGAAAUUGAUAAAAAGUAUAAAUAUAAUAAAAAAGAUAAAUUAUUUAUUUCAAGUGAUAGUUCGAAGAGUAGUAAUGAAGAUAAAGGAUUACGGCCGAUAUUGAAUAUUAAAUUACCGGAUCCUUAUGAGGAAUAUGCUGACUCCAAUACGGAGGAGAGUGAACGGGUUGUUGUUAAAGUUGUUGAUGAUACGCCGAGAUCCAGACACUCCAGUCAUCAAAGCUCUAAGAGUUCUGUAAAGUCAAUGACAGAAGUUGUGGAGAUGAAAAAUGUUGGAGAUGGUGUUGAAUUAUCGGGCGGAACUGAUGAAAUAAGUGAAAUUAUUGAAGACGUCAGUGAAACGGUUCAGGAAGUUACGGAGAAAUCUUUUUACAGUGAUUCAAAUCUAGGUAAUGGUGAGGAGAGUGCUGUAGAAGAUGAUGGUGCUGGUAAAAAAACUUCCGAUGAGAUUUCGACUGACAAAUAUUCGGAUUCUUUCGAAAGUUCUGGGACAGAUGAAUCUAAAUCGGAAUCGGAAUCAAAGUCAUCGAUUAUUUUAAAACCCGCAGCUGAUAAUUUUGAUAAUAAUUUUACUAAAAGUAAAAGUAGUUCUGAUGAUAAUAAACCUGUAGAAAAAUCUAGUAGUUCAACUGAUAAUUUAACUGAUAACUACACAAGUGAUAAAAAUUUAAUGAGUAUUUUAUCGUCAGAAGAAAAAAUUUAUACUCUAGAAGAGAUAAGUGAUAUAGAAAAUAAAAAUAUACGGAAUCAGGUUGAAAAAAAUGAAAUUGAAAAAAAAAUAUCAAUAGAAAGUAUUAAACUGUCUGAUAUAAUUGAAGACACUGAUGAAAAUAAUAAAUUAUCUAGUUCAGAAGUAGCUGUAAGUAAUAUGCAAAGUUGUGAUUCUUAUAACGCUGAGAAUAAAAAGACUGAAAAAAAAUCCAGUAGAUCAAAGUCUGAGAAAAGUUAUUCAAGUUCUGAGUCUGCUAAAAGUUCUAGUCGUAAAUCUAGUGUUAAGUAUAAAAAAAAGUCUGAUACCCGACAAACUAUUAGUGAUCAUGAGUUAAAUUUAUCUUCGAAGAAAAAAAGUUCAAGGUCCAGUAGUAAUAAAAGUUUAGAAGAAAAGAUGAAGCGAAGUCAUCUUUAUUUUAAACAAGAACAGCAUCGUUUAAAUUCGGCUAUGAUUAAUUACAUACAGAAGAUGGAAGAAGAGCAUCAAAGACUUGUGAUGUGGCCUAAAAAUUUCAUUUGCCCAUCGAGGGUUAAUCUCAAGACUGUAAAACCACUAGAAUUACCAAAUAUAUCUGGGUUCACUAGACCUGACCCCGAAAUUAAUAAAAAUGAAGAUAUCAACAUGGAAAUACUACGAAAUCGAUUACUUGACAUUCGUCAGUGGUUAAAAGACCAAUAUUUAGUAUACAAAGAGCACUGUGAUUUAGCAGCGUCUGUAAACAAAACUUAUAAUUUAUUUACUGAAGAAUAAUAAAAUUAUGAUACGGAAAUUAGCCAAUGUCAAUAAUUUUUGGAUUUUUUUAUAACCGAUAAAUUAAAAAAAAAAAUGUUAAAAAAAAAA